AUGGAACUCGAAGUAGGAGUCGAAGGACAGAGAGAACUGAACAAUAGCGUGAUGUCACAGUUGACGGACCCCGAGGGAAAUUCGUUGGGAGCUCCUAUGUACUUACCACAGAACGCUGGUCCCAAAGAGCUCCAACAAAUCGUCAAUAAGCUUCUCAACAAUGGGGAUAAACUGUCUUAUGCUUUCUAUAUAUCAAACCAAGAGCUUGUGGUGCAACUUGGGUCAUAUUUACAGAAAAACAAAUUUUCUGUGGAGAAGGUCCGGACAAUAGUUUACCAACCACAAGCGGUUUUCCGAAUUCGUCCAGUUAGUCGUCGUUCUUCAACAAUUGUCG